CACCUUCAUCCCAUCCCCACCCAACUAUUUAUCACUCCACCCACAACCUCCAUUGUCGACCUCCAUCUCCAUUACCAAUAUCAGAUACAAAUCUCUCUCUCUCUCUCGAUCUCGAUAUGCAGCAAGCAAUCCCUUACAAGUCAUGGCCACUGCCACUCCACACAAACACCGGUCACACCCAACAAUCCUUUACCCUACUCAACGACAUGACCAAUCAGUCCCUAGUCUCGCCGAAAGCCGUUCUAAAGCCAACGGAGGAUAUGCUCAGCAUGGUAUCAGAGAGUGCUGUCAUAGUCUUUGCCAGGCGUGGCUGCUGCAUGGGACAUGUCGUCAGGCGCUUGCUUUUGGGCCUCGGUGUGAACCCUGCCCUUUAUGAGGUUGAUGAGAAGGAUGAGGGUGCUGUUAUUAAGGAAUUGGAGUUGAUCCGCAACGGGAAAGAUGGGAAGGUGCAGUUUCCGGCUGUUUUUAUUGGUGGGAGUUUGUUCGGAGGAUUGGAUCGAGUUAUGGCUACUCAUAUUUCUGGAGACUUGAUUCCUAUAUUGAAAGAUGCCGGGGCAUUGUGGCUUUGAAUUCUUCAUUCCGUCUUGUAAAUCUAAUUAAUUAGUUUCCUUUUCA